AUGAUGAAUCUUAUAGAAGACAGUAAAGAAGAAAUUUCAGAAGAAUACUAUCAGUUUAGUACUCAAGAAGAAAUACGACUUGAUGCAUUAAAAGAGCAAGCUAUAAUAUUAUCAGGAAAAAUAAGUGAACAUUGUCAUUUAUUUCGAGCUCGUUUAAGAAAUGGACAAGUAUUAGGUUAUACAGAUAUAGUUGCUAAACUUUAUUAUGAUAUUCCAUAUGCGAACUAUAAAUAUUAUAGUCAAAGUUUCGUUAAAGAUAAUUUAUUAUCAGUAAAAAAAUAUUUAGAAAAGUUCGUUCAACAAUUUAGUAAUGAACAGCAAAUAACUGAUAAGAUUAAUAUUGUAUGGAAAGAAGAAAAUGAAAGUGAAUAUUGGCAAAUUUUACCAAUUUUAUGA